GCAACCGCAUUUUCCGCACUCAAACGCAAUCAACAACAAGUGUCACCGAAUGAGCGAAGAAACGAAACCAGCUGCUUCUGCGACGAAGCAAGACACCACGAUGCCAUCAGGAGACUCGACUGAGCAAGAUGCGCACGCCAACGCCAGCGUCGACGAGGCCCAUGAUGGGGAGCGGCUCGUGUCCGUGCCGCUGCAUGCGCGCGUGCGCUUGAAUGUGGGCGGCGUGCUGUGCACGACCACGCUGGGCACGCUGACACAAGGCCGCGCCGCCGGCAGCAGGCUCGCAGAGACGUUUGGGGCCACAGACGAGCAGGGCAAGCGCGCGGUCGAUGAUGCGAUGAGCGACGACGCGUUCUUCAUUGACCGCGACGGCCACGUCUUCCAGCACAUCUUGCACUGGCUGCGCACGGGUAACGUUCGCAGCGACCUCAAGAACGGGUGCAGCACGGCAAACGCCAUGGCCCGCAUCCGUGAGGAGGCCCUGUUCUAUGGGCUGCCGAAGCUGGCAGACGCCGUCAAAGCGGAGAUGGACACGCACGCCGCCGCCGACGCACAGCUCCUGGAGACGCUGCGGCUGGCGGAGAAGCAGCGUGCUGAGGCACGCUCCAAAGGGCCGCUGGUGACGAAGCAGCCCUCCUUUGACAUGGACAACAUCAAGGGCAUCUCCCAUGACGAGUUCAUGGCCAUUUACAACGACGCGCACCAGCGCACGGGCGUGGGCAGGUGCCCCGGCAGCGAUCUCUCCGGCCUCGACCUCAACAACCUCAAGCUCGCUGGCUGGGACUUCCGUCACACGGUCUUGAUCAACACCAAUCUCAGCAACUCCGACCUACGUGGUGCCCGCCUCCCCAAAGCAGACAUGACAGGUGCUGACCUCACAAACGCACAACUUGCCAACGCCCAGCUUUCGCACGCCAUCAUGAAAGGAGCGAAGCUCACCGGCACGGAUAUGUCGCACGUGGACUUGACAACGACAACGCUGGACCGCACCACGUUUGAGAAAGUCAAGUUGUGCCACAGCAACUUGCAAGGGCUCGACCUCACCCUCGUCACAAUCAAAGAGGCGGACUUUUCCAACGCGGACUUGAGCGGGGUGGUGCUGGUUGGCGUUGACCUGCGGGCGUGUGUGCUCACCGCCGCCACACUCAAGGAGGCUGAUCUCAGCGGCUGUGACCUGCGCGGCUGCGAUCUCACAAGCUGCGACCUUUCAGCUGCGGUAUUGGAUGGUGCGAAGUUGGAGGGCUGCAAGCUAGCUAAUUCCACUCUCAAACACGCGUCCCUCGCACGUGCUGACUUGCAUGGCUGUGACCUCAGUGGCCUUGACCUCACAGGGACACGCCUGAAUGGCGCAAAUAUCAUGGGCGCAGACCUCACAUUCUGCACGCUGACUGGCACCGACCUGAGUGGUUGUGAUGUGCACGGCCGUGAUUUCGCAGGCUUCGACCUCACAGGGGCAAGUUUCUGUGGCGCCAACGUGACCAACACGUCGUUCAAGGGCGCCAAGAUGACCCGCAUCAACCUCAGCAGAUGCGACCUCCGUGACCACGACUUGUCCGGCUUUGAUCUCACAGGUGCAAACCUUGCACACGCCAACCUGGACGACGUAGAUCUUACAAACACCACGCUGGUUGGCGUCGAUUUCAGCGGCUGUGACCUCUCAAACCGCGACUUUGAAGGCGCUAACCUGACUGGUGCAAAGUUCACGCGUGCGGAUCUGCUCACCACAAACCUCAAGACAGCAAACCUCUCAAACUGCGACCUCAGCCAUCAGCACCUCAGUGGGCUGGACCUUGCCGACACGACGCUGGCCGGCGCAAACCUGACGGGGUCCAUCAUGAUGGGGACGCUACUGCGGCGGUCAGACCUCAACCGCGCAAACCUGAGCGGCUGCGAUCUUCGCGGUGCAGACUUUGCUGAGUCCCAGCUGCGUGGCAUUGUCCUGAAGGACGCUAAUCUUGUCGGUGCUGCUCUCUACAACGCGUCGCUCAGUGGCUGCGAUCUCCGUGGUUGUGAUCUCACAGGCUGUGACCUCACAGAGUCGAACUUGAGCGGUGCGUUGUUAACAAACGCGUGCCUCACCGGGGCAACCCUGAAAAAAGCGGACAUGAGCAACUGCGAUCUGCAAGGCCACGACCUGAGCGGUUGCGAUUUGACAGAGUGCAACCUAACCAGCUGUAACCUGCAAGGAGCCAACUUGUACAACGCCAAUAUGCAGGAUGCCACGCUCAAGGCCUGCAGUUUGCUUGGCGCAAACCUACGCGAAGCAAACCUCAACAACUGUGACAUGCACAUGCAUGACUUGCGAGCGACGGACUUAAGCGACGCAAACCUCCGAAACACAAACCUGUGGGGCGCCAACCUUGAGGAUGCCUGUCUCAGCAGCUGUGACCUUCGAGGCGCGCGGCUUGGCAAGGCAAACCUUACCCGCACAGACCUUGACGACGCAACACUGGUGCAGGCUGACUUUAGUGAAUGUGAUCUCACCGGUUUUGACUUCAGCGACUGCGACAUGUCAGGGUGUGGCUUCAACAAGUGCAACCUCAAAGGUGCCAACUUGAGCAACAGCAAGAUGGGCGGCUCGAGCCUGAAGCACGCCAUUUUGGCCCACGCCCGCCUGCAGAACACCAUCCUCAACAAGGCCAUCCUGCAAUUUGCAGACCUCUCGUAUGCAUAUCUUGACGGUGCGAAGCUCCAAGCAGCAGACUUGUCCCACGCCAACCUGCUGGGCGCGACGUUCACAAACACAGAUCUCCGCUCUGCCGUGCUCAAGGACUCCGUGCAUGACAACGUCAACUUUGAGAACGCAAACAUGACUGGCGUUGUUUGGAUGUAAUAAUGUGCUUAUGUGCAUGUGAGAUGUGGAUUGAUUGUUUGUUUCUUGUUUGAUUGUGCCGUGUCACAACACCCUCAGAUCCCUCUUCCUUGCUUCCCUGCCUCCCCUUCAAGCUGAGUGCAGCGCUUCCAGGCUUCCUGUUCUCUCAAGCUCUCUUGUUGUUACUACUUUACUAGGGUGCAUUCAUUGCCCAAUCAACACCGCGCGUUUUCGCUUUGGGUGUUGUGCAACAUCAAACCCCCCUGUACAACAACACUGCCCUUGUGGUCUUCUUGGUCUUCUUUCCGCCGGGAGAGAGCACUCACAUCAAUCC